CGUAAGUAAUAGACAUGUUGCAAAAAUAUUCAAUUUUUGUGUUGCUUUAUACAUAUUUUAUAUAUGCAAUAAUAUGUUCGGAAAAGAAUUAUGGAAGUGUUGACGUUAUUAUUACUAAGCUCGAAGUCUGCAAAGGGCCGAAACGUGUGGACUGUACUAUAGAAACUGCACAAAUGACGUCCAACCACAGCUUUAAAGACACAUUAAGCUUGAAAGAAGAUGUUAAUUUGACUAGCGGAAAAAUAAUUGGUUCGCAGAACGGCAAAGACUUGAUAAAAUAUAACAUGAAAAACCCAUGCGACAAUCUUUUGAUACAUUCGUUAUUAAAAGCGUAUGUAAAUAUAUCAGACGAUUGUAAGAUUUCAAAGGGAGAAUACGAAUAUAUAGUGGAUGUAAAUACGAUUUCGCAAAAAUUUUAUCACGGGGUAUUUUUUUAUGGUAAUUGGACCUUUAAGACCGUGCUGUACAGCACCAAUUGCAAUGCUUUGUGCAAUCACGUCGACCUUCUAAUCUCCCAGAGGAAGAAAUAAUAAUUUAACAAAGCAUACUUCCUUUUCCAUUAAAUGUUUUUUCGUGUGAAAA